AUGAAUAACAAAGAUAUUAGUAGUUUUGAAUGUUCAGAUCGUAAAAGAAUAUUAGAGGCUGUGUGUUAUGAGUGCAAUAAGUUGUUGUGUUCAAGAUGUUCAACCAAUCAUAGCAAAGAAAUAAUAGAACAUUCUAAUUUUCUUGAUCAUAUCGAUGAUAUUAGAAUGGCACUCAGACAGAUAUCAAAUAAUAUUAAUAAUAGUAAUGUUAAUAUUAAUGAUAAAAAUAAUAAUAACAAUACAACAAAAACGACCAACCGUUCUAAUCAUAUAUCAAAAAGAUUGGAUGAUAUUUGGAAUAUGAUGAAGUGUAAAACAGAAAACUACAAUUCAUUAUCAUCAGAUGAGAAACAGAUCAGCAAACACUUUGAAGAGUUGUAUAAAUAUCUUAUGAUUGAAGAACAAAAGUUAAAGAAACCAAUCAUCGAUAACAAAGAGUUAAUAAUCAAUCAAAUAGAUCAUAAUAUUAAAGAAUUAAAACAUUUAAUCAACAUCAUCAUAUUAAAUAAUCAUCUAGAUACUAAUAAUAAUAAUGAUAGUGAAACAUCAUCAACCACAUCAUCAUCAUCACCUUUUCAUGACGAUACAACAGAGAGUUAUUCAAUUCCAUUCAUCAUGAAAUCAAUCAAUUCAAGUGAAUCACUUUCAUCAUUCAUCAAAUCAAAUAAUGAAACGUUAUUCCACACUACCACUUCCAAAAAUUCAUAUCUUCAAGACACUCUAUCAAAUUAUAAUAAUAACAGUGAUUCAAUGAUAUUAGAUUUAAUCUAUAAAUAUAAUAAUCAAUUUAAAUCAUCUUCAUUCAAGAAUAAUAAUAACAAUAAUGAUAAUGAUAACAAAACCAACAAUCGUAAAUUAGAACUCAAACAGUUUGAUUUCACUCAACUUGGUCAUUUAUUGAAACAAUCAAUCAAACUCAGUUCAAACUCAACAAGUUUAAAUAAUAAUCAAAACAAACACAGUUAUAUCUUAUCAACACAUCAAAAUGGAGUAUCAUUGAUAGAUUUAUCGAAUUACAAGAUCACUGAUCUUGGAGAAAUAAAUGACUAUACACUAUAUGGCACUCAAUUAAUUCAGGCUGGAGAGUAUAUUUACAUGUUUGGUGGUCGCAAUAAUCUAGGAAAAUACAUCAGAUACUCGAUAGCAGAUCAAUCAUUUCAAGUUAUUCAUGAUCAAGUUUUACAUAGCAUCUAUACCGUAUCAGUGUGCUAUGAUGGACAAGAUCAUAUCUAUCUAUAUGAUGCAGGAGUCUUUGGAAAUAAUAAUAUCAUGAGAAGAUUUAAUAUAAGAACUUUACAAUUUGAAUUGUAUUGUGAGAAAGUAGAUGCAAGUACAUACCAAAUUAUAAUGUGUCACUAUAACGGAUUUCUAUAUAUCAUGGCAGAACGUGCAUUUGAAAUGACGAUCUUCAACAUCAAAGUCAAAACAUAUAAAAAGUGGAAAUCGGGUCAAAAGUUCGAGUGGAUAUCAGGAUGCACUGAUCACAAAGGAUAUAUUUAUUUGUACAACACUGACGAAAAAUUCAUUCGAUUCAGCAUUCAAACCAAAGAAAUCAAGUAUCUCAAUAAUAACAACCAUAGUCUUACUAUUUCAAUCAUGUGUAAACCAAUGAUUUACCACGAGAUAUCAGAGGUAGAGAGUUAUAUUUAUACGAUCGGUGGAGAUUGCGGAAGUGCUCGAUACUCGAUCGAAAAAGAUCAAUGGGAAUCUAUUCUAAGUGACGACAAGUUAAAAAGGCGUUCUGCAACUAUCUUUUUGAAAUAA